UCAGUCUGAGCACAGAGGCACGGUGGAUCGCGUGUGAGUGUCGUCGCCCGUUACCGAUUCUGUGGUUGUGGUCACCGAGGUGUCCCCGAAGGUCCAGGAAUUCCCGAAUUGAUCCAGGAGUCCCGGCGUUUUUUUCUGAAAGUUCUGCAAGGAAUGCGCUUGCAGCGGCGAAGAAAUUGCGACUUUGACUAACUUGGACUUGGACGACUCCAAGUUGCGAGUCGUUCGCCGAGGUCUCCCCACCUCUUACCCGUGUGGUUCGAGCGGAGUACGAGAGCUUGAUCCAAGCCGGACUAGCGGGUCGCUGUUCAUUGCCUUUGGUACCUUCCGAGGGGUAACAACUCGUGGUGGUUCGUGGUUACGCGUGGAUUGUCCAACCUCCGGAGCAGUGUUGCGUUGUUGCGUGGAUAUUCCGUCCCAGUGGAUUGUCGCGGUGUGUAACGGCGGAAGGUCGUUGAAGAUUUUUUUCGAGGUUUCAAGUGCGAGUGUUACGGUAGUGAGUUCAGAAGUGAUCUCCUCGGGAUCUUGGUUUGUGAUCAAGUGUGAUUUCUGAGGAAGCACAACGCUACGCAGGAAACAUGAUGGUGGCCAUAGACUGGCGAAAUAGUGCAAAGAUGAGGGCACUUGGGGCCGUCGUAGUGAUGGUGGCCAUGGCCGCGUUCCAGGUUGAUGCAGUGCGAGUGGGUCAGCCACCGCUGGCCCCGUCGGUGACGUCGUCCCGGCGAAUCUCUCCUACAGAAGACAAAAUCUCCGCCGACCAGACGCCCGCCUCGUCCUGGUGGAACUCGCACAUCUCCGACUCCCUGCCCGCCGCCAAGAACUACUUCCAGGCCACGCACGGUCUCGUCCAGACGCACCCUUCCUUCGGCAAAACCGGCCCUUCGGCCCUCCCACUAAGCUCGGGGCCACGACCCAGCAGCAGCAGUCCCCUGUUGGCCAGCGGGUUCCCCUCGAUCGCCAACCCGAACCCCCGGUCACCGUUCCGCCAUCUGGACUUUAGCACCAGCGCGACCGCCGAACUGCGCCGCAAUCCCAGCCUGUCCGCCCCGGACGAGUGUGCCCGCGCUUGCCGCGAGGGAGAACCGCCGAGGAUCUGCUACUACCACUUCACCGUCGAGUACUACACCGUGCUGGGAGCUGCCUGCCAGGUGUGCACCCCGAACGCGACCAACACCGUGUGGAGUCACUGCCAGUGCGUGCUGGCCGAUGGAGUUGAGCGUGGUAUCCUGACGGCGAACCGGAUGAUUCCUGGGCCGAGUAUUCAGGUGUGCGAGAACGAUAAGGUGGUCAUUGAUGUGGAGAACCACAUGGAGGGUAUGGAGUUGACGAUUCAUUGGCACGGACUGUGGCAGAAGGGAACGCAGUACUACGACGGUGUGCCGUUUGUGACGCAGUGCCCCAUCCAGCAGGGAAAUACUUUCAGAUAUCAAUGGACCGGUAACGCCGGCACCCACUUCUGGCACGCUCACACCGGUCUCCAAAAGCUGGACGGUCUGUACGGUAGCAUCGUCGUCCGCCAACCCCCAUCCCGCGAUCCCAACUCCCACCUGUACGACUUCGAUCUGACCACCCACAUCAUGCUCGUCAGCGAUUGGCUCCACGAGGACGCCGCCGAACGUUACCCGGGUCGUCUGGCCGUCAACACCGGCCAGGAUCCCGAAUCGCUGCUCAUCAACGGCAAGGGCCAAUUCCGUGAUCCCAACACCGGCUUCAUGACCAACACCCCGCUGGAGAUCUUCACCAUCACGCCCGGCCGUCGCUACCGGUUCCGUAUGAUCAACGCGUUUGCUUCGGUUUGCCCCGCCCAGGUCACCAUCGAAGGACACGGCCUGACCGUGAUCGCAACCGACGGAGAACCCGUGCACCCGGUUCAGGUCAACACCAUCAUCUCGUUCUCUGGUGAACGUUACGACUUUGUCAUCACCGCCGACCAGCCCGUGGGCGCGUACUGGAUCCAGCUGCGCGGUCUCGGCGAGUGCGGCAUCAAACGGGCCCAGCAGUUGGCCAUCCUGCGGUACGCCCGCGGACCGUACCAGCCAGCGUCCCCACCACCAACCUACGACGUCGGUCUGCCCCAGGGAGUGGUCAUGAACCCACUGGACGCCCAGUGCAACCGCGAGCGCGACGACGCCAUCUGCGUGAGCCAGCUCAAGAACGCCAAGGACGUGGACCGCGCGCUCCUCCAGGAGAAACCCGACGUCAAGAUCUUCCUGCCGUUCCGCUUCUACCUGUACCGACCGGAGGAACUGUUCCAGCCCAACACCUACAACCGAUUCCUUGUCGCGCCCACCGGAGACCACGUAAUCUCGCUGAUCGACGAAAUCUCGUACCUGUCCGCGCCGGCACCGCUGCUCUCGCAGUACGACGACAUCAACCCGGAGCAGUUCUGUAACGGUGAUAACCGGCCGGCCGACUGUGGCGCCAACUGCAUGUGCACCCACAAGGUCGACAUCCCGCUGAACGCGAUCGUCGAGGUCGUGCUCGUCGAUGAAGUCCAACAACCCAACUUGAGUCAUCCGUUCCAUCUGCACGGUUACGCGUUUAAUGUGAUCGGUAUCGGUCGUUCGCCCGACUCGAACGUCAAGAAGAUCAACUUGAAGCACGCGCUGGACCUUGAUCGUCGUGGUCUGCUGCACCGUCAGUACAAUCUGCCCCCGCUCAAGGACACGAUCGCUGUGCCGAACAAUGGUUACGUGGUGUUACGUUUCCGCGCCGACAAUCCCGGUUUCUGGCUGUUCCACUGUCACUUCCUGUUCCACAUCGUGAUAGGAAUGAACCUGAUCCUCCAGGUCGGUACGCCCGCCGAUCUGCCGCCGGUUCCGCCAAACUUCCCGACCUGUGGUGACCACUUACCGCCGAUUCAGCCGUAAGGCCGACCGUAACGCACCAACCCCCUUACUCACAUUUUAAGAGCCUUAUUAGCACAAAACAUGAGCGGCCGACCGAAUCGGUUGCUCAUCUAGAAAGUUUUAUUCUUUUCAUUUCUACGCAGUCUUCUGCUUCUUCUCCAGUGACGUUACGUGGCGUUACGAGAGGAAACGGGACGCAAGAUUUUUUAUUCCCCUUUAUCAUUUCAACCUUUACGCGUCAUGCUAGGAUUAGGAAAUACCGAGAAUACUCCCAAACACCACAAAAAAGUUUACAGAAGAGCGAUACUUUUAUAAACAGGCCGAGCACGUGCUUUGUGUUAGACUUUUUAUAGUUAGAUUUUUUUUUGUUUUAAUUUAUAGCGAUUUGUUGUGUAAGUAAAUUAAUUGUUAGCUAGAGAAACGGCGCCGGACGACGCCCCGGGAGCCGAAACGUCAAACUUGGGCUCACCCAUACAUACACACACCCACACAAACGGAGCUCAAUCGCGUUACACUUUUUUACUCUCUUUCUUACAGGCAUUUAUUUUCCGUGUAUUUUAUUCAAAAUUUUGUUAAUUCGCCGUUUUGAGAAAAUGGCAAAGAAAAAAAGGCUACUGACGAACCCCUCGUUCGUUCAAUGACAGCCGAGGGGUAAGACAACUCUUUUUUCGUUUUCGCCAUUCGCUUAAAAUCGUGAAUGUUUAGUCAUUUUUGUACAGAAAAGUAUGCCGCCAUAUUUAUUUACUGUGUAUAGUUUAUCUGUCAUUGUGUUUUCUUUUUUUGUUUCUAUGGUUUGUUUUGGUUUGCGCUAUCGUUUGCUAUCUCUAACCCUAAUCUUUAUUUUCUAGUAACUUCAGAUUGUAAGAAAGGCAUCGUCGAAGAGUGUGAAAAAACUUAUGUGUAAAUAUUUAUAAUACUCAGUGCAUCAGCUCAUCCCUUUUGUUUACUUUUCGUACCUCAAAUGUCAAACCUUUACCACAGCAUAACUCAGUUGCACAAACACACAGAACCCAUCAAAGCAACCUUACUUUAAAACUCCACGCGAUGCACCUACAUUACGCCACCUUGGGCACACUGCCAUCGCAAGAAAAACAACGAAACUGCCACGGAAAAAAUGUUGCAAACACUAAUUUCCGCAAAAGCAAAAAAACGCCAACACUGCCAUCACUUUUGCUAGUCGACAACUUAUCCGCAAGAGGAAAUAACAACAAAAACAAAGUAGACUGGCAACAAGUAUUCGCGUGCGAGGACAACACUUUUAACCUCACUUUUACCCCCUUUCAUCGCACCCACACUGAUGCAGAAAUCGAUUAAGCCGACUACCUUCUUCGUUUAUUUUAAGGCAGAUUUUUUUCCCCGUUUCUACGAGUGUUUUGAUUACCAACCAUAAUUUCGUCUUUUAAAAAAGUGUUUAAUUUUAAGCAAAGAUGACGCGACAGAGCAAAAUUUAUAAUUCGAAGGUAAUCCCGCGCACACACAGAAAAUGGCGUCCAAUUUAUGAGAUAUUAAAUCGUACUGCCAUGAUGUUGUGAAUGCUACCCCCCUUCCCCAGAGAAAGAAAACGAUUUAAAAACGUGUGUAUAAAAAUUGUGUAUAUAAAAAUAAUCAAAUGUU